CUCUUUCUAAACAUACACGGGUCAUAUACUUACAGAAAGAAAAAUGACAAGCCGUUCAGCGAGGAAACAUCCAUACGCAUCUCUCACGAUACCAGAGGCUAUUUCGGCAAUUUUGUCAACGAUUGAGACGAUUAGAUUGCGGCAUGAAGCCCAAGCUGAUAUUGAAGCUAUUUUCAAACCACACGAAAAGAAGAAGCUGCAAGAUGCCUUUUCUUUGAGGCAUUCGCUUCGUCAGGCAGUGCAAUCCAAGGCAGACGAAAGGCGAGAUAAUUAUCGACAUUUUCUGAAGAAGCUUGACGUUGACUUAGUCAUUCCUUGUGCUCUUGGCCUUGGACAAACAACUAUUGGUUACAUGAGAGAACAUAUACGCCUUCGUCUUCCGUCAGUCAUUCAAAAGCGAGAGAAUGAAUUUAAAUGCGGUCUUAUCCGUGCUCUUGCUCUGAAGUACUCUCAAGGUCGCAUAUGCCCGCAUCAACAUAAUUCUCCCAGCUAACUUUCUCGGUUUUAGAAACCACUUGCGUUCCAACAACACGGGAGCUCGAAGCACCGAAGCCGACCAAUGAUGACUUGAUUGGCGCGAUUGACACCACAGCUCAGUUGCAAGAUACCAUAACGUCGAUAUCGAGACCUGUAUUUGGUGCUGCAUCUGUCGAAAGACUGGAACCAUGGAUACAAGCGAGAAAUGCUC